UUGCUUACUUUUACGAAAUAUGAUGUCCAAAAUGGUUCAUGACUCUGUUUUAAAUAUGCUGUCAGGACCUCGGAGGCUCGGGGCUUCAGCAAAAUUCGCAUCGCACUUAAAUUGGACUUGGCUUGUGAAAUAUGUAAGAAGUGUGUCUCAUUCUUCAAUAAGCCGUUUUCCAAAAGAAAACAUACAAACGGAACAUUUUAAUAUGCUGCCAAUUCAAAAUGAGCGUCUGUGGAAAUAUGAGUCGGGUUCUGAUGAACGUACUCAAGUGAAAGCUGCGCUAUCUGAAAUCCUUAACAAAAUAGAGCCAGUGCCAUUCGUAAUAGACGGCAAGGAGCUUUAUAAUAAAUGUGAGCUAGUUCAGAGGGUGCCUUACAAUAUACACCAUUAUAUAGCGCGUUAUAAUCACGCCGAUCAUAAAGUUAUUCAUCAGGCAAUCGAUUCGGCUACCAGGGCGCAGCAAACGUGGGAUAAGACAAAGUUAAGUGAGCGCAUGGCCAUUUGGGAUAGAGCAGCCGAUUUGAUAGCCAAUAAAUAUCGUUUGAAGAUUGUGGCGGCAACGAUGCUUGGCCAGGGAAAGACACUGUGCCAGGCGGAAAUGGAUGUCGCUGAGCUGGUGGACUUUAUGCGCAUCAAUCCAAUUUUUCUACGUGACUUGGCAAAUUACAAACCACUUAACAGUCGACCAGAAGCCUAUUGCAAUCAUAUGAUAUUACGCGGUCUUUCCGGCUUUGUAGCCGCGAUCAGUCCAUUCAACUUUACCAGCAUUGCUGGAAAUUUGGCCUAUACACCCGCACUGAUGGGCAAUGCAGUGCUCUGGAAACCUUCAGAUUCUGCUAUUCUAUCCAACUGGUAUGUGUUCCAGGCCAUGCAAGAGGCAGGUGUACCAGACGGCGUAGUAAACUUUGUCCCAGCCGACCCGACAAAAUUCGCUCGGACAAUAACGCGUAAUAGCAAUCUAGCCGGUAUUCACUUCACCGGCACGUCACCGGUACUAAAAGUGCUCUGGAGGAUGGUUGGAGAGCGUAUUGACACCUUUAAGAACUAUCCACGCCUAGUCGGUGACUGUGGCGGCAAAAAUUUCCACUUUGUGCAUCCCUCGGCAAACACAGAGGUUGCAGUAGCCUGCACCAUACGAGCAGCGUUCGAGUAUGCUGGGCAAAAGUGCUCCUCCUGCUCCAUGCUGUACGUGCCCGAAUCUUUGUGGAAAAGUGAGAUUGAGACAGCCCUGCUGGAGAUAACACGCAGACUGUUUAUCAGCGAUGCUACCUACUGUGACUGCUUUUACUCGGCGGUCAUUGAUAAGAAUGCAUAUACACGCCUGUUUACAUAUCUAAACUAUAUACAUAACAACGCCAACUGUGAAUUGAUACUUGGUGGCACAUGCUCCAAGGGUCGCGGCUACUUUGUCGAUCCUACCAUAGUGCUUGUAAGCGAUCUCGACUGUUGUCUGUGCAAAGAUGAACUGUUAGGACCCAUUCUCUGCGUCUAUGUCUAUAAGGAUAGUGAUUUACAUAAGACCAUGGAUAAAGUUGCGGAAAUUAAUCACGGCCUGACGGGCUCUGUCUUUGCCAUGGACGAUGAGUUUAUUAAGGAAGCUUGCGAAGCGUUCAAAUCCAAUGUGGGUAACUUAAAUAUAAAUGACAAAUGUACGGGCGCCAUGGUGGGACAGCAACCAUUUGGAGCUGGCCAAAUGACAGGCACCAAUGAGAAAAUGGGAAGUCCACAGUAUUUGCUGCGCUGGACAUCGCCGCAGGUUAUUAAAGAGUCCUUUGUGCCGCAUGUAAAUGUUUAUUAUCCCUAUAUGGAGAUCAGCGAUACUAUACAGGACGUUAAGAAAUUAAUUAAACCUCAGGAAACUGAUGAUUCUGACGAUUAUAAUUCGCAUAGAACCGAAUAAACUUUAGUCUUCAGCAAA